AUGGGAGAACGUUUUGUCGUCCCAGAGUGGAGAAGUGGAGCUUAUUUGCUGAAGGCGACUCCAAACCACCUUUUUUGCACCUCCCCGUCACUUGAUAGCGGGCUUCUGGCCGUACCGACGUGCGGGAUACAAGGACGUCAUGAGUCAGUCGGAGCUCAGCAGAAACAGGGAGUGCCUUGCUUGAAUCCACCCGUGUCAAUGAGCAAGCACACGAUCGCUUUUGAUCCGCGAUUAGCCCUAUCCGCCAGCUGGAGACGCGCCACGUACCCUUCUCACUAUUGGAAUCAUCUAUGCUAUCGAAAUGGAAAAAAGACUACGAUAGCGAUCUGUACCUAUAACGCACGUACUCUUGCAUCGGAAGCGGCCAUCGAAGAUCUCAUGGUGCAAGCCAGGGAAAUUAAAGGUGUUGGUGGAGUUGGCGUACUCGUCAAAACGACUACACCAAAGAACAUCGACUCUUUCGAACAACCUACGACAGGAAUGAACAGGAAGCCCGCCUCUGUACGCUGGACGUGGGAGUCACCCGGUGAAGGGUACCGUCAUGAAAUUGACCACAUCGGCGUCAGUAAAAGAAAGCGAAAUCCAAGAACUAUCAUUAACUGGGAUCUCUUCGCUACGCUAGCCGGAUUUUGGGAAGAUUCCGCAAUGGACAACAUCGACGAGGAAUAUGACCGGCUCGUUGAACACCUUCACGACUGCACGAAGAAGGCUGAAAGUUCUAAAACCAUCAAGGGACGCCUGUCUCUUGAAACUCUUGAGCUGAUACGCUAG